AUCCCAUAAUAAUAAUUAUUAUUAUUCAAGUAAAGUGAUAGAAUGGGAUUGAUCGUGAAUUACCUACACAGUUGUAGCGAGAUUAUGAAAGUGCCAUAUUCCUGUUUUGUCUUGCUGGGAAAGAAACCGCUUGCGUGGUCGUCGCGACGUAAACCGAACGUAUAAUCUUUAUUUUGCUGGACUGUCUCGGAAAACGUACCGUGAAGUAAAGUUGAUGAACAUAGUGAAAAGUGUUUCCUUGGUUGUGACUUCCAGUGCAGCUAGUGAGACGCAAGUACAAGUAGCUAGCUCAGACUCGUAUCUACUGAGUAGUUGGUAGGUACGAGUGCAGUACCGUGAAUCGGUGAUAUUCAGUUCAGGAAGCCAGACCUCGGAGUGUUUGAGAAACAAGUUGAAGACUAUGAGAGUACUGUUGUUGUACACUAUGUGUACGGGAUAAGUCUUUCUAGUAGAGCAGUGCGUAUAUUCUACGUGUAGCCCACCUCUGCUUCACAGCGUCAGGGAGGCGAAUAGCUGGCUUGAGCUAGGUCUGUGAACCAUGUUGGUGUCUAGUUUAGUAUUAAUAUUUAUUAUAACGCCCCUUCUUGCAAUUGGUCAGGUGCUGCUACGCAUAUACAUGAACGGUGGCGUGUGCUACUGUCGGGGACGUCUAGAUGGCAGGACAGUCAUUGUGACUGGUGCUAAUACUGGAAUUGGAAAGAUCACGGCGCGCCUACUUGCGUCCCGUGGCGCACGCAUUAUCCUGGCUUGCCGCAAUGUUGAGGCCGGACACAAAGCAGUUGAUUGGAUCCGUCAAAUUGGUUGCCCCGGAGCUAACACUGCUCAACUGGUGGUCAAGAAGUUGGAUUUGGCCGACAUGGACAGUGUGCGUAAGUUUGCCCAGUACAUCAUAGACACUGAAGAGCGGCUGGACAUUCUCAUUAACAAUGCUGGCGUUAUGCGCUGCCCAAAGUCACAGACAAAGCAGGGCUAUGAAACCCACUAUGCUGUUAAUCAUCUUGGUCAUUUCCUUCUAACUUACUUGCUGCUGCCCGUUUUGGAGAGAAGUGCGAGCAAGGAAAAGCCAAGUCGAGUCAUCAACGUGUCAUCACUUGGCCAUAAGUCUGGUUUAAUCGACUUUGAUGAUCUCAACUGUGACAGAGCGUACACACCGCGGCAGGCAUACUGCAACUCCAAGCUAAUGAACAUCCUGUUCACACGUGAGCUUGCGCUGCGCUGCAGGGACCGUGCUGUUGUGGCAUACAGUCUUCACCCGGGUGUCGCCUGCACUGAGCUGGGCAGGCACAUGCAAAAGGACUUCAGCAUGUUGUACUGGAUUUUUGUUGUCGUACCGCUCGCUCUGCUUCUGUUCAAGUCGCCCUGGUACGCUGCACAGACCAGCAUCCACCUCGCACUGAAGCCACAUGAGGGCUUGAACAGUGGCGACUACUUCAGUGACUGUAGACCGAAAAGGUGUGCUCCGGCUGCGUAUAAUGAUGAUGUGGCAGGUCGGCUCUGGGAGGUCAGCAAGAUAGCGUGUGGUCUUCGAUAAUGACAGCCUUCCUGGCAGCAAUGGGUGCACGUUGACAACCCUUACAUGGAAUACAUGUCCUGAGUCGCCUUGUCUUUCAGAAUGUUUCACAGAGCAUGUUUUACAAACUAAGACUCAGCUCAGCAGUUCAACAGUUUCCCGUCAACGAUUUACUAACCAUUUAAAAUCUUGUAGGACGCAUCACGCAGCUUCAUAAGUAAAAUUUGGCUUGUGAGCAACACUGGCUCGCACUCAAUCACUGCUUUUCACAAAUUCAUUUCAGAAAAAUAUUUCAACUCAACGUUUCGGUCAUAAAAUAACUAUCAUCAGGAAGAUUUACUAACCUACUACAAAUUCCUAAAUUACUACUUCUUGAAGUACAUGUAUGCCUUUAUGGUUACUAGUACAAUCGGUGUUUCAUGCUAGAAUCUCAAAGCGGAGAAAUGUGUUCGGAUGCAUUUGAAAGCAGAUUGAUGCAAAAGGAAUUGUUUUUCCCAUGUUUUUGUUUUGUUUCUUUGAGUCUGGUGUCGUUCUUUUGCUAAUUCCCGCGCCGCCUUCAUGAUAUUACCUGUACUAACGUUAUGCCUGCCAAGUACUGAGAGUUCUUUUCCUGGACCAGCAGGGCAAAAUUCCUGGAUUUUCCUCGGUUUUUCAGGAAACAAUAUGACACUCAGAUGUUGAACCGAAAUUAAUAGAGAAAGCCGGAAAAGAACAUAUCGAUACGACUUCAGUACUCUA